CCUUUAAUGAGAAGCAAACUCUCUACAAUUUAACUUUUUGUCCUCUUUCUUUAAUGAGAAGCAAACUCUUUUCCUUUUGAGUAUUUAGAGUGAAUAUUAAAUGAAAGCUUAAAACAUACAGCGCUUUUUAGCAUGGAUCAAUUUUUACUUAUCAUCUUCUUCUUCUUCUUCUUAUUGUCAUCCAAAUCACAUUGCAGAGAGCUCCGUCCAUCGGAGCACGGGUUACCAUACCAACAGUCGUUAAAUCCGACUCCAAAAUCACAGUUGCAUUCAUUCUUCUCCGGCACCGGAGAGAAGACGGUGCCGGAGGGAAGAAAUAUCACGUGGUGGAAUAAUAAUUCGGGAGGUGAAAUAUCACGUGAUAGCAACCGGAAAGAUCACGUGAGACAAGUGCUGUUGAUUUCCAGCUUGAUUUGUGGAGCAACCGGCGUCGUUUUGCUCCUCGCUUCCGCCAUUGUUUACGUCGUUAGGCACCGAAAGCAAAGGCAAACACAAACGUCAUUGUCAACGGUAGGGUCCACAUCAGUACCUAACGUCCUCAAUAAAAUGACCAGAUCAACUCAAGCAGAUAUGUCAUAAAUAUGCCUAUUUUAUUUUUUUAAUAUGUAAAAGACAUAUAACUCACUCUUCUAUGUCAACAAUAUAUUCAGUGUAUUUUCACAUAAUGAAGUCUGGAGAGGAUAAUGUGUACGUAAAUCAUACCAAGGUAUAAUAUGCUUGUAAUACACUAAAACAAUAAGAUUUUACUCACUUUUGAUUUGCGUUUA